UUCUCACGUUUGCUCAUUUUCUUGUUGCAGCCCUCGUGGAUGCGAAGUCGAGAAUAUUGGGACGACAGUUUUGAGGCGCGUUUCGCGGAGCUGCGGAAGGAUCCGACGAGACCGCCGUUAAAGGUUAUCCUUGUGCCUCACAGUCACACCGAUCCGGGAUGGCUGAAGACAUUCGAACAAUACUUUCACAGUUCCACGAGAAGCAUCCUGAAUAAUAUGGUCUCGAAACUGCAGCAAUGGCCGAACAUGACCUUUAUCUGGAGCGAAGUAUCAUUUCUAUCGCUGUGGUGGGACAGUGCUCACCCGACGAAGAAGAUGGUCGUGAAAAAAUUAGUCAAGGAUGGUCGACUAGAGAUGACCACCGGAGGAUGGGUAAUGACCGACGAAGCGACUACUCACAUUUACGCCAUGUUGGAUCAACUCAUUGAGGGUGAGUACUUGAACUUUCUCACAAACUCAACGUAUAUAAAAAUACAUAUGAUUAAAUAAAAUAAGUAGUAAAAUGAAAAACGAUGCGAACGCGUAAUUAUGAGCUCGGAGUGCGGCUUGAACUAUGCAAGAAGAAACGUGAAAUGGAAGGAAUGCGUAAAGGGUGCAAUGCAUGACGAGCAAGGAUGUUCCCUUCCUCUCGGCACCGUAAAAAUCAGUCGGCACUUUGAAAUACUCCAUCGACCGGCAAAAGGAUGUCGGAAUUCCGGCCACCGAUAGAUACGUAACUGGGAUAUCCCUGUCGUUUGCUAUCCAAACGUCGGCCGACAGGAAGCAAUAAGGAUACCGCGCCGAUGUGCACGCGGAA